UCUUUUCGAGUCAGCACUCUGUUCAGGAUUCGCUGGAUUAUAUUUAAGCUAUAAAGUGACGCGAUGCAGCUGCACGUGAGAGGGUUGAACACGCACGUCCUGGACGUCCAGGCCGGAGACAGCAUAAGCCAUGUCAAGGCAUUGGUGGCCGGACUGGAGUCGGUGAACGCUGAGGACCUCAUUCUGUACUGCGAGGGUAUGCCGCUGGCCAAUGAUAUGGCCGUUGGGCAGCUGAGCUCGAUCGAACUGGAUGUCACCGUCGGUCUGCUCGGUGGUAAGGUGCACGGUUCGCUUGCCCGUGCGGGUAAGGUGAAGGGCCAAACACCGAAGGUGGAAAAGAAGGAGAAAAAGAAGAAGAAGACGGGCCGCGCAAAGCGACGCAUCCAGUACAACAGGCGUUUCUCGAGCGUGGUCCAGGCGUACGGUCGCCGGCGAGGUCCGAAUGCCAAUUCCGCCUAAGAAAAGCAGACAGGCUUGAGAGGGAAACGUGAGCGUGAAAAGUGGAAGGAAACAUCUCCUUUCAGUGAGACGGAUCGCUAAAAAGAUGCGCUAAAACACACACACACUUUAUUCGACGUGUUGUUUGAUUUCGCCAAUAAAAGAAGCAUCAAAAGCUUAUA